CGCAAGGGGCUAGCGUUAGCCACUUAAAUCCCCUCAACACUCUUAGCAGCGUAAGAUUUUAAUGUUUUAUCGACGUUUUCAAACCUCACAACGGUUCGUUUUCUUUUUAAAAACGCAAUAGAGUCGCAUAGGAACCUCUACUUGUUGCUGCUUAAUGGAUACUUACUAGCCGGGAGCUAAUGUUAGCUACCAAACAUCAACAGGAAGUAACGGACGGGCUAAUUCCAAUGUCUUGCACUUUGAGUUCCCCAGGCAUGAAUUGUACCAUAGAGAAGGUCCUGGCAGAUGCCAAAUCACUGGUGGAAAGGCUUCGUAACCAUGACAACGCUGCUGAAAUGUUAAUUGAACAGACGACGUCGCUCAACAAGCGCGUUGAGGCCAUGAAACAGUAUCAGGAGGAGAUCGACUCAUUAAACCUGGUUGCACGACAUCGUCCACGUUCUAGUCUGGUUCUAGGAAUCCAACAGGAGAACCGUCAGAUAAGAGAGCUACAGCAGGAAAACAAAGAGCUACGGACGUCGUUGGAGGAACAUCAGUCUGCAUUAGAGCUUAUAAUGACCAAAUACAGGGAACAGGUGUUUAGGCUCCUCAUGACCAGCAAGAGAGACGACCCAGCCAUUGUAACCCAGCUGAAGGAGCAGCACACCACGGAAAUGCAAGCGCACAUAGACAAAAUCAACGAGAUGGCCUCUGUGAUGAGAAAGGCGAUAGAGGUGGAUGAAGGCAGGACCUGUGAAGACGAGGAGAGGAUUAAACAGUUAGAGCUGGAGAACAACGGACUACGAGAGCUGCUGGGAAUCAGUCGAGAAGCUUUCCUGGUUUUGAAGAGAGACGACAUAUCAGAGAACACUUCACUGUCACCACUGCUCACGAGCGCUGACGUCAGUUUACGAAAGAGUUAGAGCGCCCAUCCCCCCCCCCCCCCCCCCCUCCGUACCGCUGCCACAACUGUGUACAGUCUUUACAGUGUGUUGCCACAUACUACUUAAUUUUUUUUCACCAUCUCCUCCUGGUGCAUUCAUAGCAUGAUGCUCCUGAGCUGUGCUCCUGUCUGGUGAUUCAGACACAGUGUUUCUGUUAUGUUUGCUAGAAUGCACGAGUCCUGGGGUGCCUGCAAGGUUUGAAAGUGUGAAUGUGUAAGAGAAGGGAUUGAUUCAAAAUAAAUCUGUAAACAUGA